AUGGUUGGCAAAAGGGCUUACAGAAAUUUUAACAUACCAACAACACUCCACUUUAUAUCGGAGGUUAAACUACACCGAUGCCUGUGGGAUCAGACGCACCAGGAUCACUUGAAUAAAAACGCACGGGAUAAAGCAUGGGAAGAACUUUCCCUGAGUUUGGGCUACAAUGCGGACGAAUUGGUUGCCAAGUGGCAAUCGCUCCGAUCUUCGUUCCGGCAGUACCGAUUCCUAAAACGACGAGCGAAAGAGAGUGGUGACGCCAAGGCUCAGAUCAUUAAGUGGCCGUAUUAUUCUGCCAUGAGUUAUACGAAUCGUUCAUCAGACGAUAACGAUUUGCAGGUGAUUUCCUUAAGCAGUUGCUUAGAAACAAGACUGGUACCGGAAACGUCCGGUAUACCGCCAAGUACCGCCAAAAGGCCACUAACAAAUCCGGAGCCAACUACACAUUCGAUCGUCAGUGAGGAGAUCCAGAUUUCUGAUCCUGAUCAAGAUUCAACCGAAGAAUAUCAACCGCCAACCAAACAAGUCCCGGAAAAAAUCUUAUUAACCAAACCCGCUCCUUUUAUAAAAAAGCAAACACCUCUAAAACUAGGCUCCAAGCAACCAGCGAUCGCUAAAUCAACCGUUCCAACAACUUCUCAUAAAAUGCUGAAGGAACCAGAAUUCGUUGCUAUCCAGGUGGAAGCAAUCGAUCUACCGUCACCGAUUGAGCAAACGUUUACCGGCGAGGGGCACGGUUGCAGUAUGCGUGUGCAGUACGAGGAUGAAGUGUAUGGUCACAGCAUUGCGCUACAAAUGAAACAGUUUUCCCCGAAAACGAAACGAAUGCUACAAAUCCAAAUACAUGAACUCAUCUCAAAAGCACAGAAGCAAGCAUUUGCAAAAGAUUUCGGUUUCUCUUACGAUAGUAGUUAA